GUUGAUAGGCAAUGGAUUAACUUUAACGCCGCAUUUUGCCUUCCAUCCCGGCGUUCGGUGUAUGUAUUGUUAUCGAUAAAUGUCCCGCGGCAAAUCUAUUCAUGAGGUCCGUGCACUUUCGAAAAAGAAUCAUUGCGAUAUUCCACCGAUCGACAGACAUCAUAUUUCAAUUUCCUACUGGUUCGCACCAUCAAUUGUCAGUCAAUAUGGCCUCAGCCCUUGCUAUUGGAACAGGCGUCGCGGCCGCAGCCUUUCUCGGCCGCGCAGGACUCGUCGCAUGGAGGCGCUCUCGGGGAGGCGUUGGAGCGCUGGGCAAAGCAUUUUACAAGGGCGGUUUCGAGCCGCGCAUGACCAAGAAAGAAGCUACUCUAAUAUUGUCUCUCAAUGAACGAGCCAUCACAAAGGAGAAAGUCCGAAAAGCCCACCGGACGCUCAUGCUCCUCAAUCACCCCGAUCGAGGCGGAAGCCCUUAUUUAGCUACUAAAGUCAACGAAGCAAAGGAAUUCUUGGAAAAGAAUAGCUAGCGCCGAACUGAUUUAACGAGAUAUAUGACUUGUAAGGUGGUAACGAUUGUGCCUCUAUUACAAAAUGUAUAAUACCGCAGCAUCCACGGAGCGAGGGCGUUCACGGCAUGACUUAGAAGGGGUUUUAUUGCAUUGGGCUGCGCAUCGAUUGUAUUAUAUUUAGUGCCAAUGCCGAUCUAUCUCGGGGCGAGUCUCUUCUCAACUGCUUUCUUGCGGCAACUUUCAAAAUGGACUGAUGGUUGUUUUGAUUUUUUUUUUUUUUUUUUUUUU